AUGGCCGACGUGAGCAAACACUCCAUCGGCAUGGAGCGGCUAAGCGCCAUCUCCAGUAUCCACCGAAAUCCGGAUGAUCCAUCGUAUGCCAACCACAACACCCCCGCGAAGCCAUUCAAGCCAGACAUGGAGAACAGAGCGUUGCGUGAGGGUCCGCCAGACAUGGAGAACGGAGCCUUGCGUGAGGGGAUACCUUAA